AUGGCGAGAGUGAAAAGUAUGUUGAAUUCGUGGCCAGACCUGGAGCAAGAAUUCCCUGCUGACGAGUACAUCAAACCCUUAGAUAGCUUCAUGCGUGUUCGAAACGCACUCGACGUCAAGAAGAACAACUUUCACAUGAUAAUCAAUUGCCAUGACAAUUGGCUUGUAUACUCGCAUGAUGAAGCGAUUUCCGAUGGCGAGGGAGGCCAGGUGUUAUCUCGGAUGUAUCACGAUACGAGAAUUCAAGAUCAAAAUGUCUACAUGAGCCAUACCAUGACAUGCCACGAACGGCCUUCAAUGAGAGGCUACACUUGGGAAAACAAGUUUACGGGCAAGGAAGAGACUGUCUACUGCCCCGACUCAUUCCCAAUGUGGAACGGCCGCCACAUAGCCGAUAGACAGAGCUCGACCUUUGCGUCUAUGAAGGGAAAGACGUUCAAAGAUGUGAAGGAGUAUGCUGCUGCCAGCACCAUGCUCCAUGAAGUCACUCAUUCUCCGAAGACUCUCGGUGAUCAUUCGACCGAAGACGUACGCAUCACCUAUCAGGGACGAACAUACCCCGCGUACGGUGGACCCCUUUGCCGGGAGCUCGCCAUGACCUUCACUGACGACAUUGGAUACCCCGAACUGAAUGCCGAUACUUUGGCCUUGUUUGGACUCGGGGUUUAUUACAGCCAGUGCAAUUGGGCUAAUUCUGAUAAGCCCGGUAAAUGUUGGACUGACACGCCGGAUAAAAUUUGCCCAACGGUAAACAACCAGAGAACAUGUGUGACUUUUGACUGGGACGCUUAA